CUGAACUCCCUCAAAUCCCGCAACCAGACCCCUAUUCCCGUCCAAAUCCCAUCACCAAUCCAAUGCCUCCCACCGGCGACGACCCGCCGGCUUCCGCCGGCAUCUCCUUCCCCGACGCGGACGGCGGCGGCGAUUCUGAAGACGGCGACUUCGCCGGCGCCCACCUCCUCGACCCCACCGAUCCGGGCCUCCCCAACCCCACCACCUCCUCCGCCACCGGCCUGCCCCACGCGAUCCCUGCGGCCGGGAGCGGCGGCGGCCCGGUCACCUCUGGCAACGGCGGGGAGCGGCGGCCCCUGUUCCAGCGCCUCUGGACCGAGGAGGACGAGAUCGUGAUCCUCCGCGGCUUCGCGGAGUUCACCGCCGCGCGCGGCACGGCGUUCGCGUCGCACCAGUACGACACCGACCCCUUCUACGAGGACAUGCGCCGCCGCCUCCAGCUCGACUUCACCAAGAGCCAGCUCGUCGAGAAGCUCCGCCGCCUCAAGCGCAAGUACCGCAACUGCGUCUCUCGCCUCCGCGAAUCCGGCGCCACCUUCACCUUCCGCUCCCCGCACGAGCAGGCCAUCUUUGAGAUUGCGCGCAACAUCUGGCGCCCCACAAACAAACACGGCCGGGAUCCCUCGGCUGACUCUGACGACGAAGACGCCGCCGCCGCGACACAGAUACCUGCCAACACCAGCCCCAACGGAGAAGCCAAGUCCCCGUCCUCUACACGGCAGCGUCGUCGCAGGCGAGUGAUGGAAUUCAGCCCUGCCACUGGCGCCGCCCCUGCCACAAACAUGCUGCAGCCCCCUCAGCCAGUGCAAUUGUCUGUAUCGGUGCCUGUCAAGAUGGAUGACUCUCUCCCAGCACAGCCCCAGACUCCAAUGCCAGUGAUGGUGGCCAUGGAUGGCUCAGAGCCUCUCAGGUUGCCAGUGGUGUCGCCUCAAUCAGGAGUUUCUGAUGCUGAGAAGACUUGCCUGACUCCUCUGUUUAAGGAGAUGCUACGGGCAGCGAUAAAUGUCGGAGCAAACCCAUUUGGUGCAAAGCUUCCUGAGCCGCCGCUUGGGUUGGCCAUGGAAGGGGAGAAGUGGCGGAAACAGCGGAUUUUGGAGCUGGAGGUGUACUUGAAGAGGAUCGAGCUGCUGCAGGAUCAGGCGAAGGCAACGCUUGAGGAGCUCAAGUCAUCAACCCCUGGGUCUUAAUUCAUGAUAAGAUGAGAUCGCUUUGGUUUUAGGAUUCUUGCUCUGAUUCUUAGUGUAGAUGUUUAGGCAUUUUUGCAUAUGUUACGUCCAUAAAAGAAUAUUGUUGACCUGAUUGGGGCUUGGAACUAGUUUAUUUGUUGUUCUGUAUGUUCAUGUGAUAUUAGCUUCAAUUUAUGAUCUUUUUUCUUUAUAACAUAGGUUCAUGUUCCUUUGUUUACUGUGGUAGCGGUAUGCUUCCAGUGAACAGAAAGGUACCCUGUAGAAAGAUGAAUUGUUGCAAUUAAUUUACUAAGAUUACAUAUAUAUUGUUAUUUC